AUGCCGGAAGCUACGACUCCGCUCACUCCCCUCUACGGAAGAUAUAGAAGAAAAGUCACGCUCGCGUGCGAGGCGUGCCGGAAGAAAAGGGCCAAGUGUAGUGGCACCUUUCCGUGUUUCUCUUGUACAAAGAACCAACGGACAUGCAACUUUGACGAUACAAAUCGCGGGCGACGCGGGCCAAGGCCCCAUUCCAACACCCAGAUCCCCAAAGUGACUCGAGAGCUCGCACCAGGGCCUCCAAGAAGGACCUCUACAGAGAACUUGACCGAGAACCUGGCAGACAACUUGGCAGACAACUUGGCCGAGAACUUGGCCGAGAACUCGACCGAAAGACUCGCAGGCGCAAAGCCAACCGAGCCGGCCACGGCCGUCGUCGACGAGGACCAAAAUGACGAUGACUCCGACGAGGACAGCUUCGGCAGAGACGACAUCCCCCCACCGUCGGCAUGGCAGUCUGGCUUACAGCUGAUACUGCUUGAUGAAGCAACUCCUGCGUCCGAAUGCUGGGACAUCCCAAACGUCGACCUGAUGGCCCAUCUCGUCGAGCUGUUCUGUAAGCGCGCGAAUGCACUCUUGAGGUUCCUCCUGCCUCCGGCCGACCUACUAGACAAGGUUGCCCUGGGCCUCUGUCCGCGCAGCUUACUGCUGGCGGUGUGCGCGUGCAGCGUCCGAUUCUCCGUUCACAAGGCCGCUCGGGGGCCGUCAACACACAGGCUCGAUGAGCAGCUCGAGCAGCGCGCGAGAGCUCAGCUUGCCGUCUCGUGCCCCCUCGGGCAAGACCUCGGCGAGCUGCAGUCGUACUGCGUUCUAAUUGAGUACGCCGCCAGCAGAGGCAACGGCAGGCGUGCCUGGGUUGAUAUCGCUAUUGCUCGGAGCAUGCUGCAGAUCGCUAGAGCAAGAGCCAACAUGAGCACCCAAGAGCUUCAGGCGCUGGAUCGCGUUCAGCGGUAUCUCGACAUCGUCGAGGCGUCUCACUGCAUCGGCCAAGUGACCCUCCAGCCACCCUACGGAAUCUGGGAUGCCCAAAGGAAAUUGAGUCUCCAAGACUCUCACGAGAACGAGUCAUUAUCGCGGUUUCUCGAGUUACUGCACAUAUUCACCCGCAUACAGGGGCUCUGCUCGAUAUCAUUUUUCAAUCAUGACCCACCGCCAUGGAGUAUAGACUCGGCAUUCCGAGGCAUACAGUCUGAGCUGGAAAGGAUUCUUCUUCACUGGCCUGAUCAGUUCCGAACAACCACAAGCAGCCCGCCGGACUGGUCGAGAGACAAUGAUGCCGAGAGUGCCUUGUGUUCUCUUAUAUGGCAUUGCUGCGUCAUCGUCCUUAAUCGAACAUUCUUGCCGAUCCCUCAGAUUGCGGAGGCGGAUGGUAGAAAUUCGCAAGGCACCAGGAAAUGCGUCUGUUUCCCUGGGGCGCCGGGGCUCUUCCUCGAGGAGAGGAUCCAUCGGUGCAAGGCGAGUGCCGCGGCGAUAUGCAACAUCUGCAGUGAUCUUAUUGCUAGCGGUGACUUCUUUUACAUGUCUCCUCAACCACACGAUCCUCUCAUUGCGAAUAACCUCAGAUUUAUGUUCAUCGUGUUGGGAGCAGUGAGCAAAUUCUAUGCUCCGGCGCAUGAUUGGAUCGAUGUCUUAUUCCGCAUUUACGAUAUCAACACAAGCUUGAAGCAUGUAUCCAGUACAUGCAAAGAAGCUUUCCUAAGUUAUUAUAACCGAUAUACUAACAUCAAGGAGCCCGGUUUCGUUCCGCUCGACCCAACAAUUAAUGUCCCACCACAAGUUCAGCCACCGCAGGAGUGGAAUCCAUUAGAAGUUCAACCAUCUACCAGGACAGCAGUUGCCCAGGUACAGAACGAUACGUUGCACGAUGAGGAGGACUGGCUUCGGGACUACGCAAGGCGCCUCUCAGAAGACAUCAGCAUGGAUGGCGAAGAGCGGGCGAGAGCCGACCAAGCAGGCGGCGGACCCGUGAUACUUUCAUACGGCCAAGAGACGAGCAACGCGCAAAUGCCUGUUAUGGCGAAUAACUCGGUGGAAAUGGCUGAUACAUCCAUGACUGGAACGGCCAUGCCGCAUCCUGCAAUGGAAGUUGGGCAGACAGUUGAAGGGUGGAACGACGCAUGGCUGGGGUUACCGCAAGGCAUGCUUCCGAUGGGCGACUUUGAUAGUGACAAUGGUGAUUACGGCGCGAAGCUGUUGGAGCAGCUGAUGAUUGACAGCCAUGAGAUAUGGAUGGAUAUGCUACAGAAUCACGGGGCUGAUGAGAGUAUACCACUCACGCAGUAA